AUGAAAACGGUUGGGGGACAAAAACUACUAACAGAAAUCGAGGAAGAAAAUCUUGUAAAUGUUCUGGUAGCUGUCAGUGACUAUGGUUCUCCAAUGACCAAGUUAGACCUGAAAAUGCUUGUUUUUAAUUAUUUAGAAAAAAAUUCACGCAGUCAUAUUUUUAAUGGAAAAAUGCCCGGAAACACUUGGGUAGAAAAUUUUUUAAAUAGACAUUCAUCAAAAUUAUCAGUUCGAACUACACAAAAUAUAAAAAAGGUCCGGGCCGAGAAAGGUCUGCUAGAAAUGCAAAAUUUCUUCGAUAAUUUACAAGCGACGCUGAAGGAUAUUCCACCUAGUAACAUCCUUAACUACGAUGAGACUAAUUUGUCUGAUAACCCGAGUAAUUUAAAAUGCAUUUUUAGAAGGGGCAUAAAAUAUCCCGAAAGAAUUUUAAACAGUUCUAAGAGUUGUGUUUCGAUUAUGUUUACGGUGUCUGCAGCUGGUGACUGUCUUCCAACAUAUGUAGUAUAUAAAGCUACAAAUCUAUAUUCCGAAUGGGUUGACGGAGGUCCUGAUGGAACUCGUUACAAUUGCACGAAAUCGGGUUGGUUUGACUCUGCCUGUUUUGAGGAUUAUUUUAGAACAAUUAUACUAAAGUGGGCAAAGAAUCUUUCAGGGCCAAAAGUCAUAAUAGGUGACAAUUUGUCUAGUCACCUAAAUAUCGAAGUUGUGGAGCUAUGCCAAAAAUAUGAUAUUAGGUUUGUGUUUCUUCCACCUAACUCCACACAUCUGACCCAACCUCUAGAUGUAGCGUUUUUUGCCCCUUUAAAAGAGAAUGGAGGAAGAGAAAGUAAUAAUAUUAAAAGUGGAUUUAGAGCCGCGGGAAUAUGGCCAGUUAAUGCCCGAAAUGUUUUGAAACGAAUACCUGAGUAUUUUGACGAAGAAGUGUACAGAAUAGAUUCAGCUUUAUUAGAUUACCUACAAAAAACAAGGUGUUCUAAACCAAUGGCAGUGAAAAGGAGUAAGAAAUUACGUACAGAACCAGGCAAGUCAGUUUGUGCCGCCGAUAUUUUAAUAAAAACAACUAGUAACAAAAGUGUUCAAAAUAAGAAAUCCAAAAGAUUUGAAAACUAUCAGGAUAAUUUUAAUGAUAUAGAAAGCAGCAGGCAAGAUUGUGAGAUAAAUAUAUUAGAAGAAGUGACUACUGAAAGAGACAUAGAAGAAAAUGAGCUCGUAUUGGAUGAUAAAAUAAGAUUUUUUUAA